AUGGUCGUCACCACCAAGUCUGCCUCCGACUCGUCAAAGAAGACCGCGACGAAGGCGAAGAAAAAGACGGGCGGCGCGGGCAACCGUAAGAAGUUGACCGAGUUCAACAAGUUCAUGCAGACCGAGGUCGCGCGGCUCAAAGAGGAAAAUCCCGACAUGCCGCAUAGGGAGAGGUUCAAGAAGGUCAUCGACAACUGGAACAAGCAGAAAGCGGAGGCCAAGUAG